AUGCGCAUCGACAUCGACAACGGAAAAUACAUAGCAACUCGCUACCCACCAUACUUCUCGAAUCCACACAAAAGAGACGAAAACAUCUCUCCACUCGACAACUCGCCAUCACCACCUGAGCUAUCAUUUUGGAACAUCAUCACCAUUCCCCAACGUCAGCGCUACUACGACCAAGUAGAAGCAACCCUUAAUAACAUCCUGAACGAGCAAUCUCAAGCAUCCACUUUCACCAAAACUCUAACAUCAACUUCAACUUCAACUUCAACUUCAACCACCCUCUCACCAGAUGCAGAGCUCUCCGUCCUACUAGCCCACUACAAAGUAGACUACCACAUCCAUCAACACUACCUCUCCUACCGAGUACCAAUAACCCUCUGCCGCGAUGCACACGACCUCCACUCCCUCCGAAAAUGGAACUGGAAAAUGGCCGAGAUAGACGCCGUUAUCCACUCCGAAUCAAAACCCGAACCAGGAUCCGAACCCAAUUCUUCCAACUCAAAUACUCGAGAAUGGCCCGUUGGCUGUCGAAAACUCGGCUGGCCAGAUGAUGAAACACUAAAAAUGGUUCAUCAGACGCUACUUUGGAAGAGAGCGUGGAGGGGACGACAGAAAAAGCUAGAGGAGGUUCGGGCACGGUGGGUGGUUAUUAUGGAGGAGAGGAGGAGGGAAAGGGAGCUUUUGUUUGCGAGACAGGCUGAGUUGUUGGUUAAGGAGGCUUCGGCUUCGGCUUCGACGUUUACUGUGAAGGUUUAUUGUCGGGGGGAGUUGAGGGAUGUUAGAGAGUUGAAGAGGAUGGCGUAUUCUGAGCCCGGGUUGAGGGUUAAGAGGGCUGCACAAAGUUUUGGCGUUUAG